UGAUUUGUAUAGAUUUACAAAAUCUUAAACUCAUUGUUAUGUAAUAUUUGAAAGUCAUUCAUGAAUAUUGGAAAUAAUUCCAACUUAUUGCUAUCAAAUUGUGCUUGUGACAUUUGUCAAUGUUUCACUAGUAAACUACAGAAUGAUGAUCCACAUAUUCAUGUCCAAUGUCAAUUGAAUGAUCGAGUUAAACUAUGGAAUCGAUAUGAAGGAAUUGUGAAAUUUAUUGGUCCCGUUCAUUUUAAACACAAUAUUAGUAUGAUUCUUGUUGGCAUUGAAUUAAAUUCACAUAUUUCUAGAAGUGCAUUAAACAAUUAUAAUCUCUACUGUGAUCAAAUGAAACGUAUUCUUGUGCCAAGAACAUUUUUCACAUUGUUAUCUAAAGGAAAACGAGGUAAUCCACAAAUUACAGGAUUCCCAAUGAAUCCAAAUUAUCAACUGAUACAAAAGAAUCGUAAACUUUAUCAAACUAUUGAUCCGAUAUUGUAUCAUUUACGAUUUCAAAGAUAACUUAUUCAGAAUGAUAAAAAUUGAUAGGAAGAGGUAUUCUGUCGUUUAUUGUUGACUGACCAAUAUAUUGAUCAAGAUUGAGAAACUAAUGCAGCAAUUCAAAUUUCACCCAUUCAAUAUUCAAUAGUUCAAUAGUAUUUGUACUAAUAUUAUCAAUCGUGUAGUAUUGUUAGAUAUUAUUUUUCUAAAAACCUUGAAAUAUUUUAACGAACAUUCUAGAUAAAAUAUAUAGC